CGGGAUUCAGCGCUAAACUAGCUGUUUUAUUCAGAUUUAUAUCGGAUUUGUCGCGCAGAGCCGCUCGGCUGGAGAGCAGAGCGCAUGGCGGGCGCUCAGACUCUGUUCUCCUUCGAGCUGUUUGUGGAGAAAGUUCGCUUUGACGCCGCUGGGAGGGUAAAAGCCGAUGAAGCGCAGCCCGCAGUCGGAGUUCGGCUGCUGGAUUUCCCAACGCUGCUGAUUUACCGCUCGGAAAAUCUCCAGUCCGAGCCGAAACUCGAGCCGGGAGGUUUGUCAGAAUCCAGCGGGGACAGUUUUUGCUUCAAUAAAGGCAAAUCGUGCUUGUUUAAGAUCAGUCUGGAUUCUCUCCACAGCCAGCUCUGCAGCGCUCCUCUGUGCGUCAUGGUGCUGGAUGUAAACAGUGAGAUUCCCAAACUGUUAGGAAGUUCACUGAUCUCCCUCUCAGAUCUGACGGGCUCUGUUAAAUCAGCCGUGGAAAAACACGGCAUUUGGACUCCAGCAGCUCAUGGGGAGAAGUUUAGCAGUCGUAUUUUAAACCUCAUGGGUGAAACUAUAGGAACUAUUUCUCUUUCCUGCAAAAUUGUGAGUUUGGGAGCGAGUGCAAUUCCUCACGUCUCUGAGAGCGAGGCCUGUGGAGCUCCUCCAAAGCCAAACAACACAGAAUGUGCCCCAGCCGAGGGGAAUGUAAACAGUGGAACCGAUGAAAUUCAGCCGCCGGGCGCUGACAGCCGUGCUGGAGAUGUUUCGCAAGCAACAGUAAAACCGUCUGGAACAAAAACUCUUCAUGCUGCUACCCAAACUGAACAUCUCAGACAGAAAGAUGCAACAUCUCUAGAUGCCCAAGUGAAAUCUGACGAACUGUGCGGCGCUUUUUGUCCUCCUCCUCUGUUUUACAGCGCCAGCAGGGCGAAACGACAGCAGAGUGCUGGUUACAGGAUGAAAGACCUUGAGGAACAUCUCAGGAAGGUGGAUCUCCACGGCGAGGAUACAGACGAUGGGAGUGAGUCUUUCCAAAUGGAACCAGCUCCUCAAAAACCAAUGAGGCCCAAAGAGGUCAGGUCACCUACGAGUUUGGGCCAACAGCAAAGUCAAACUGUGCCGUCCGUCCUCACGGAUGCUGUCAGGCAGCUGCCUCUGCUCAAUGCUCUUCUUGCUGAACUCUCGCAUCUUAGUAGCCAGAUGCAGCAGCCGUUAUCAGGCCACCCGGUAAACUUCAUGUCUGCACAGGAAAGCUCUCCUAGUUCAAGGAAACCGCAGACUGAGAGUCUGAAACCAUCUGGACCUGGAUGUAGACGAGGUAACCUUCCAGGCCGCGUGCCUCCUCUCAUUUCUCUGGCGGAUGGAAAAAGCCACCAUGAAAGGUCACGGCCAGAGCGCAAGCUUAGGUACGGCUUAACUCACAGCUUCCGCCUCCGACUUAAGCAGAUCAAGCCGGGCACGACGAGGCACCGUGAGUGCACUGAGGAGCUCAAAAUGAGAAAAAGAUCUCCCAAACCUAAACCAGAGCAUAGCCAGACGUUCAACACAUAUUUGGAUGCAUCUGGUGAAACACUGCCCAACAGGUCACGUUCACAAAGGAGUCCAGCUCCUGGCAAGCAAACGAAGUCACCAGCGGUGAAAGACGUCCCUGAUAAGGCAGACAAAGAGGUGCAAGUCCGCGUUCCCAGUGCACUCGGCCAAAACAUCGACCACAAAGCGUAUGACUCAGUGAGCAACAGCCAACCUCAUGUAAUUCAAACCAGCCCUGACUUUCGGAGCUCCAUUCAAAGUGAUGGAAAGCCCUCCAGUCCUUCUCACAGCUCACUUUCCCGUCAUGACAGUCCACAGCCAGAUGACUACCAGGAUGAUUUCACCAGUCUGGACCCCACUGAUGCAUCACCAGACCCUCUCAGCAGUCCUGAGCCAUACAGACCACCAAGAACACGAGUCUCCAGUUGCAACGUGAGCUCGGACAGCUCCUCCCAGAGAAACAAACCUCAUCCCGUUCCGGUUAAAGCAGAGACGUCUCCAAAACGGUCCCUCAGAGCGACCCACUCGAUCAGGCCUCACCUUCAGAACUUCGCUCGCAGUACAUCAUCGGACGACAGCUUCUCUAGAACUUCUGGACAGAGAAACUCUGAGUCACAUGGCAGUUCGCUGAAGAGUCCAACAGCGUCCAGGAUCUUUGAAACACCGGUGGGAGAACGCUCUCAACGCUCUGAAGACUCCAUGUUGGAGUCUGUGUCCUCCACAGAUUCCGAGGAGCAGAGAGAUGAACUGGGUUCUCUGAGCUUUCAGAAUAAAUAUCGACCCAUCUCAGAGUUGGUGGUCAACAAGCUACCAGGCUACACUCUCUGAUUAAUGAUUUAUUUCAGCUCUGCCGUGUCUGUGUGUGUCAUAUUAACCGUUUCAGUUUAGUGAAGUAUGUAAUGGAUUUGAACAUACAGCACUGUGCAGAAGUCUUUAGGCACCUGUGCUCAUCAUGUAAAGCCUUUGUUCACAGCAAUAAGUGCAUUUUGCUUGUAAAACCAUCAUUACAAUAUAUGCAAAUAAACAAAACUUGGCUCCCAGUUCCUCCUGGAUGCCUCCAGCCAUCACAUGGAUUCAUUCAAUUCCAUCAGCAGCACCUGAUUUAAUUUAAUGAAGCACUGAUUAGAUAAAACAGGUAUUGGAUGAUAUCUAUAAAUAAUACUGGGCUUCCUCGAGGAGAGGUUUGGAAACCGACAAACAAACGUAUUGACGUACAUAAACAUUGACAUCACUUAUGUUAAAUUUAUUUGUAUUAUUUUGAUCAGUGCUGUAUCGUUUUAAAGAGGGCACCGCUGAUGAUUUUGGACUGAACUGCUGUACAAAGCAGGUUUGAAAGAUUCAUUUAUUUUAUAUCGAAAUUGAAAAAUGGAAUCUUGCAAAUUGCAAGAGCUAAAAUAUUAUUAAUACUCUGUUUUAUUCAACAUUGUCUUAAAGGGCCCAUAUUUAACAUUUUCUUGUAAUGUCAUGAUUUGUGUGGAUUUAUGCAAAGUUUUUUUAUAGGAAAGUCUGGUAGUUUUUCCCAGCCAUGCAAGACCAGACUCCUCUGUCUCUGAAGGAGGAGAGACUAAAAUACUCCAAACUGAAGGUCAAAUUAACGUUUCAAACACAGAUUUUAAAUCACUGAUAAAAUCUGACAGAAACUUCAUAAAUAUUUUGUAGUGUUUGGCUCAGUAAUUUAUCAGGUUGUUCUGGCUGCUGAGGUUGCACAGGCUUUCCCCACUCAUGCCACAAUAUCUCCGCUCGCAACGUAACCAGCAAUCCGAUUGGCUCUUUUUAUUGAAGGGCGGGACUUUCUCCACAAUAGGUGCCAUGUGGAGCGUUAUGAGUGUUCUCAUUCAUAUUUCAACCAGUGAACCAAUUUAUAACGUCUCUGGUUUCAGUAGCACAAACAGUCCUAAUUCAUUAUUACAUGACCAUAUUCCCAUCUCUCCUUUUGUCACUGUGCCUUUAAGACUGAAAUAUGUAAAUGAGCUCUGUUCAGAUUGGCUGCUCUGUAUAGCACCUCGUUCAAAAGGCAGAGCGAACUGAAACACUCCUUAUAACUUCGGCAGGAGUGGGCGGGGCUAAACUGCUGUAGGCUGGAUAGGUGGGCAUAUGUUUUUCAUUGCACAUAAACAUUGAAUUUUAAAGAGGCUGGUUUUCUAGCUUGGUUUUCAUAUGCAGACUGUAUGGUUUGGGGACUGAGUGAUAUGUUUCAUAACCUAAAAAACACAGAGUUUGCAAACUGGCAGUUUUUUCUCAAGCUCAAAAAAUGAAUUUGCUGAUGCUCUUGAGAAGAAAAGACCCAGAGCGGAAUUCACUGAAAAUAACCACUUAGAUUGCAAGUAGAUGCCCAUAUUGUUCAGAUCUAUCACUAUAUGAGUAAUACCUUUGUAUAAUUGUUAGUAAAUUGCAUUAAAAGAUGAACACUGAUGGUUACGCGGUUGA